AUGUCAGAAGGUGAUAAUCAGCAGAAUGUCAGCAACAAUUUGGAGAACAACACGGGCAGUGGAGAGAGAGAAGGGCUUUCAGCUCAGGAAAAUGAAAGAAGAAUGAAAGAUCUCACCAAAUCGGACAAGGACACAAAGAAGAUGCUCAAGAGGAGAGAAAAGGACUUUAAGAGUGCAGAGAAGCAUCUCAGCAAGGCUGAAAAACAAGUCGAGGCGGAAGCGAAAGCUAAUAAGAAAGUCGACAAGACUGCAAAAGCACAAUUAAAGGCUAGCGAGAAGAAGACAGCUGCUGAGGCAAAACUGAACAAAGCCAAUGCCAAUUCAGAAAGUGCAAAGCAGGGAUUAGGGCAAGCGAAAGAAACUCACGUAAAGCGUAAAUCUGAGCUUGAGAAUAUGACACACGAACGCGAGAAGGCACGCAGCGAACGGACCAAAGUUGAGAGGGAAAUUGGAAGCGUGAAGCCAACAGCGUGA